AUGUUAUUUUUAUUACUCAUUUUGUAAAUCAAUGCAAUUGAAUUCAAUUAAUCAUUAGGGAAAAGGGAGAUUACUUGUUUUGGUGAUAGUCUUACUGAAGGCCUUACAGUUAUAGGGGAAAUUAGUAGCACAAUAAAAGACUUUAGUAUUAAGAUUUAUAAUCCGAUGAGAUUCAAAAAAGAAGGCUAUUUACAUUAGAGUCAAAAUGAAUUGAUACAACAAUUUAAAUUUAAAGUGAAAUAUAACCACAAUAUUCAAAUAUGCAUAUAAAAUUUAAGCACGUCAACUAUUUUAUAUUCAUUAAAAUACUCUUAAGAUAAUGAAGAAUAAUCUUAAAAAAUAGAUACCUAAUUACCAAUGACGCAAUUACAACCUGUUGAAAAUCUUAUGGCUCAGAUGAAAAUCUCUUAUGAUAUCAUAAAGGGGAUGUUCUCAAGUUUAUCAGAAAGGUAAGAUUAAAGACUCCAACAAUUACAGUAAUUGGGAUACAGAAUCGUAAUCUCAUCAAUUGUUCUGCUCUUAGUAACAGUCUUAAUAACCGUAUUUGGAACUUACAGAUAUAAGAAAGUUAUGAAAAGCAAAAAAAUGAUUUGA